AUGGUUUUUGUAACAUUGUUACUGGAAAUUAGUCCUUUUACCGACAUCGUCAAUGCUCACCUGCAGUUGAAGAAUCCAACUGAACGAGCUGUAUGUUUCAAAGUAAAAACUACUGCACCAAAACAAUAUUCUGUCAGACGCAAAAUCUCAAUGUCACGUCACAAAUUCAUGGUUCAGACAUGCUUUUGUCCAUCGGGUGAUGUAGAUCUCGAGAAUAUAUGGAAAGUAUGUAUUCUGGAUUUUAUUUUCUACAAAUUAAUGGUGGUAUUCCAACAACGUGGGGAUGAUCAGCAGGUGGUAGUCAGAGAAGAAGCUCCGUCGGCUGUUUCUUCUAUAAGGUAG